AUGUUCAGACAUGUGUUCACAAUAAUGGGCUACUGUUGUCAGUUCGACGUAAAAUAUUUCAGGAAAUAUGCUGAAGAAAGUACGAGUUUUCGCACCGGUAUUGAAACAUCAGAAGCAUUGGAUAUCAUUAUCAAUAGCCAGAAAAUUAUGUACCAUGGAGGUAUUGUAGACAGUUUUGUUUCGCUAUAUGUGUUCGACGAGGAGGACAAUUUGACAUUAUUAAAUAGUCCGAUAACCUUGACUCCACUUACAUACUUCGACGUUACGGUGGACUCGUGGGCGAUCGAUUCAUCAAGUCACGUGAAAACAUUAUCCUUAGAUAAUCGAAAAUGCUUCUUACCCUCCGAUACUAAAGUCAACGCUAAUUCAUAUCAAGGAUGUAUGACUGUAUUAAUGAUGAGAAAAGUUAUUGAACACUGUCGCUGUAUGCCGUUCAAUUAUGAUCCUAAUGAUUUGGACGUUGAAAAAUUUCCAAAAUGUACUUGGGAAAGACUUAUAUGCAUCUAUCAAAAAUUGGAUCGAGUUCAAAGCGAUGUUCAGAAUAUAAUAGUGGAACAAGAAUGUUAUCAGAGAUGCGACUACGUGCAAUACGAUACUGAAGCCGAGUACGUAAAAGUGGAUCGAAUGGUCGACGAAAAGACCAAAGGUAACACACGAGUGACGAUACACUUUGCUGAUAACACUUGCCUUAAAUAUAAACGAGACGUCCUGUAUACGUGGGAUCAAAUGCUCGCAAAUCUCGGCGGCAUCUUCGGUCUGUGCCUCGGCGGGUCCAUUAUAAGCAUAAUUGAGCUUAUUUGGUUUCUCUUCGGGCUAUUAUUCACCUUUUGUGGAUUCGAAAAAAGAGCCUCGAACAAAAGUGUCACCAAAAAAUUUGAAGAUGAGAAAAAUUGA